UAUAUACAUAGAGAGCAGAGAGGAGAGAGCAGAGCAGACAGAAAACGGAAAACAAGUAUCAAAGCAAGGCUCUUCUCUGAAUUGGGUUCUCCUCUCUCUCUUCAAAAGGGUUUUCUUCGGAGAGAGAAUAUGCGGAGUAACAGAGGAGGAGGAGGGUUGUUUAGGGUGUCAAUGUGUGGGGCAGGGCAAGAAAUGGAGCAGUUGUCCAGAGAAGGAAGCCAUUACAGUCUCACUACUGGGAUUCUUCCUUCUCUUGGUGCUCGCAGCAAUCGCAGUGUUAAGCUUCAUAGAUUCAUUCUCUCCCCUUAUGAUCACCGUUACAGGGCAUGGGAGACAUUUCUAGUUGUUCUGGUCCUCUACACUGCUUGGGUAUCUCCAUUCGAAUUUGGUUUCCUUGAAAAGCCCGACACGCCACUCACCAUUGCUGACAAUGUUGUGAAUGGAUUCUUUGCCAUUGAUAUCAUUCUCACAUUCUUUGUAGCUUACCUCGAUAAAGCUACCUACCUACUCAUUGAUGAUCGAAAGAAAAUUGCUUGGAAAUAUGCAAGCACUUGGUUGGUCUUUGAUGUCAUAUCCACAAUCCCUUCUGAACUUGCUCGGAAGAUUUCUCCUUCACCUCUCCAAUCAUUUGGCUUAUUCAACAUGCUCCGUCUCUGGCGUCUUCGAAGAGUUAGCGCCCUAUUUGCUAGAUUGGAGAAAGAUAGGAAAUUCAACUACUUUUGGGUUCGAUGCGCGAAGCUUAUUUGUGUCACCCUUUUUGCGGUUCACUGUGCUGCAUGCUUCUAUUAUCUUCUUGCUGCACGUUAUCAUGACCCAAGUAGGACAUGGAUCGGAGCAUCCAUGGAUGACUUCCUUCACCAAAGCCUGUGGAUUCGCUAUGUGACAUCGAUUUACUGGUCUAUCACUACUCUCACAACUGUUGGGUAUGGUGAUUUGCAUCCUGUGAAUACGAGGGAGAUGAUCUUUGACAUAUUCUUCAUGCUUUUCAACCUUGGACUCACAGCAUAUUUGAUAGGAAAUAUGACCAACUUAGUUGUCCAUGCUACUAGUAAAACUAGAGAAUUUAGAGAUACCAUUCAAGCGGCAUCAAAUUUUGCGCAAAGAAACCAAUUGCCUGCUCGCCUGCAAGAUCAGAUGCUUGCACACUUAUCAUUGAAGUUCAGAACAGACUCGGAGGGGCUGCAGCAGAAGGAGACUCUUGAUUCCCUUCCAAAAGCCAUCCGAUCAAGCAUUUCACAUUUUCUUUUCUACUCUCUUGUUGAUAAGGUGUACUUGUUUCGUGGGGUGUCCAAUGACUUGCUCUUUCAACUGGUUUCAGAGAUGAAAGCCGAGUAUUUUCCUCCCAAAGAGGAUGUGAUCUUACAGAAUGAAGCACCGACAGACUUCUACAUACUUGUUAAUGGAGCUGUGGAUUUGCGUGUCUUCAAAAAUGGGGCUGAACAGGUCAUUGGAGAGGCUACAACUGGUGAUCUAUGCGGUGAGAUUGGUGUGCUUUGUUAUAGGCCACAGCUCUUUACAGUGCGGACCAAAAGGUUGAGCCAGUUACUACGAAUGAAUCGUACCACAUUCAUGAACAUUGUCCAGGCCAAUGUUGGAGAUGGAGCCAUAAUCAUGAAUAAUCUCCUUCAGCAUUUGAAAGAAGCGAAGGACCCGAUUAUGGAGGAAGUUUUGCUCGAGACAGAGAACAUGCUUGCUCGUGGUAGAAUGGACCUACCGCUCAGCCUAUGUUUUGCUGCACUUAGGGGAGAUGACUUAUUGUUGCAUCAAUUGUUGAAACGGGGUCUGGAUCCAAAUGAAUCUGACAACAAUGGGAGGACAGCAUUGCACAUAGCAGCAUCUAAAGGAUGCGAGAAUUGUGUGCUUCUCCUACUAGAUUAUGGAGCAAACCCUAAUAGUAGAGAUUCAGAUGGCAAUGUACCGCUAUGGGAGGCCAUGAUGGCUAAUCAUGAACAUGUGGUCAAGAUACUGACGGAUAAUGGUGCCACCAUAUCUUCCGGCGACGUAGGUCAAUUUUCUUGCACCGCCGCCGAGCAAAACAACUUAGACUUGCUCAAGGAAAUCGUUAGUCAUGGAGGGGAUGUCACGCUUCUCAACAGCAACAGAUCUAAUACCGCACUUCAUGUUGCGGUUAGUGAAGCAAACACCGAUAUAGUCAAAUUCCUUUUGGACCAAGGAGCUGAUAUUGACCAAAUGAACAGCCAUGGAUGGACCCCUAGGGAUCUAGCUGACCAACAAGGACAUGAUGACAUAAAAGUCCUUUUCCAAUCCACCAAGGAGGCCAAAACGCAAACCACGGUCCCAAUCCUGGAACCACGGGGUGAAAUGCAGUUCCUUGGGAGGUUUACAAGUGAACCGACAAUCCGUCCUAUGAUGGGGAGAUUUACAAGUGAACCGACAAUCUGUCCCAUGAUGCCCCGGGAAGGUGCAGUGGGGUCCCCAACAGGAGACAGGUCAUGGAAUCAAUCUCGCCAGAGACGUAGAACUAACAACUUUCAUAACUCCUUAUUUGGGAUCAUGUCAGCGGCCAGCGGUGGUGGCAGUGGUGGUGGACCCAAUGCCUUGCUUUUAUCUAUAAAUCAGACAAAAUGUGCUGAGCCAGGAAAAGAUUAUCCAGCAAGAGUGACGGUUAGUUGGCCGGAGAAGGGUGAUGAUAAGGGAAAGCUUGUUCUGCUUCCACAGAGUUUGCAAGAACUACUUGAGAUUGGUGCUAAAAGAUUUGGAUUCUCUCCCACUAAGGUUCUAACCAAAGAUGGAGCGGAAAUCGAUGAUAUACAGGUGAUUAGGGAUGGUGAUCAUCUUAAAUUUGCUAGUGAUGGAGAAUUGGAAGAAUAUAAUCUUCAAGAUGAUGGGGCUUUGAGGUAAUAUUGGUGUAAUGGGUAAUCCCAGUUUUUUUGUUUUUGUUUUUGGGUAUACAAAAAGAAAUGCUGAAUCUGAUUUAUUGUAAAGUUGUGGGUUUGUCCUGGACCAAAAGAUGGUGAUGGGUCAUCCUACUGUUUGCUGAGAUUUUUUUUGUUAGUUUUGAACUUCAGCAUUGGUUGAUUGAAGACAGUGAUGAGAGUGAGAGAGAGAGAAAGAGAGAGAGAGAGAGAGAGUAAAUAGCUUGCUUCAAAAAGCAUUGAUUGUUGUUCUAUCGAGAGUACAAGAAACCCUCGUUCCUUGAUCAAAUUUAACAAUGUCAACUGUCUAAAGUGAUAGUAUGUACUUUCAUUCUUAGUGAGCCCUUUAAUUAUCUGA